UUUUUUUUCCCCCUCACGUCUCCUUCUUCUUUCAGCAGUGAGCAGUCCCUUUUUAUUUAUUUAUUUAUUUUCCUUCUCCUCCUUAUUAUUAAUUAGUUAUUAUUAAUUAAUUGUUUAGUUGUUAAUUUAAUUAUUUUAUUUUUGAUUUUUGUUAAUUAAUUAUUUACAAUUUAUGAGUAUUGGUAAAUUGAUUAUUUUACUUUGUAUUUUUGUUUAAUUAUUUGAUUGAUUAAUAUGGGUAUUGUUGAUUUGUUGGUAAUUAGUUUAAUUUUUAUUUGUUAUUCUUGUUAAUUUGAUUAGUUUUACUUUUUACCUUAUUAAUUAGACAUUAUUUGUUAAUUAAUUGUUUAUUUUAUAUAGAUAUUAUUAAUUUAUUGUUAAUUUGAUUUUUUAUCUUUUUAUUAUUGUUAAUUAAUUGUUUAAUUUAUAUGGGUAUUGUUAAUUUGUUAUUUAAUUAGUUUACCUUUUACUUGUUAUUCUUAUUAAUUAGUUUUAGUUUGAUUAAUUUUGUUUUUUUCUUGUUAAUUAAAUAUUAGAUGUUUAUUUUAUAUGGGUAUUAUUAAUUUAUUAUUAAUUUGAAUAUUUUCUUUUUGUUCUUGAUAAGUAAUUGUGUAAUUUAUAUGGACAUUAUUACUUUGUUGUUAAUUAGUCUACUUUUUACUUCUUACUAUUGUUAAUUAGUUGUUAGAUUAAUUAGUUUUACUUUUGUCUUGUUAAUUAGACAUUAGUUGUUAAUUAGUUGUUUAUUUUAUAUGGUAUUAUUAAUUUAUUACUAAUUUGAUGAUUUUACUUUUUGUUCUUAUUAAUUAAUUGUUUAAUUUAUAUGGGCAUUGUUAAUUUGUUGUUAAUUAGUUUACUGUUUUACUUUUUACUUAUCAUUAUUGUUAAUUACUUAUUUAAUUUAUAUUGGGUAUUGUUAAUUUGUUGUUAAUUUAUUUAUUUUUUAUUCUUGUUAAUUUUUUUGUUAGAUUAUAAAUGGGUGAUAAGAAUAAUACAUCUAGAUCUUCUGCUAGUAGUAGAAGAACGGACUCAGGAUGGGCACAUGUGAUUCAAGUUAGUGAAAAUAAUACCAAUGAUCUUCAAUGCAUGUACUGUAUGAAAGUUUAUAAAGGAGGAAUUAAUAGAAUCAAGCAACAUCUUACUGGAGGUUACAAAAAUGUAGUUCGGUAUCCAAAAUAUCCAGAAGAUGUAAGGAAUCAAAUGCAGGAAUUCAUUGCUAAAAAAAGAGAGCAAAAAUCAAUUAUGAAUAUGGAAAGACCACCUGAAUUUGAUGAUGUUGAAGUACUGGGAUUAGAUGAAAAUGAAGAAGAGGAAGAGUUGAUGCAAGAAAUUGGCAGUGAAAGAAGAAGGCAAGUACUGGAGGUUACAGGUACUAGUGCUUCAAAAAAAUCAAAAGUUUUACCACCACAAAGUAGUAGAGGGCCUAUUGACUGUUAUUUUUCCCCUAGACCUACUAUUAUGGGAAAAAAUAUGAGGCAAACUACCAUUGAUGAAAAUAGUCCAGCUAAAAAGGAGUUAAGGGAGCGUGCUUGUGUUGCCAUAGCACGAUGGAUGUAUGAUGUAGGAAUAGCUUUUAAUGCUGUGAAUUAUGAUAGCUUUGGGAAAAUGAUUCGAGCAAUUGGAAAUUGUGGGAGAGAAAUAAAACCUCCAAGUUUUCAUGAGGUUAGAGUUCGGUUACCUAACAAAGAAGUGCAAAUCAUAAAUGAUCUUCUCGAGUCUCAUAAAGAAGAAUGGGAAAAUUAUGGAUGUACAUUGAUGUGUGAUGGAUGGACAGAUAGAAAAGGGAGAACCUUGAUUAAUUUCUUGGCUAAUAGUCCAAAGGGAAGUGUAUUUAUUAAAUCAAUUGAUGCAAGUGAUGAAUCAAAGACAGCGGCAUUGUUGGCUAGUUUGAUUGAGAAAGAAUUGAUAAAAAUUGGUCCCGAAAAAGUGGUUCAAGUUGUUACAAAUAAUGCAUCAAAUAAUGUUGCGGCAGGGAGAAUAUUGGAAGUAAAUUUUCCUCAUUUAUACUGGACUCCAUGUUCAGCCUAUUGUAUAGAUUUGAUGUUGGAGGAUAUUUUUAAGAUCCGUGUUUUCAAAGAAACAUUCCGCAAAGCUGUUGAGCUUACUGGUUUCAUAAAUGGCUCUUCAGGAGUUCUAAAUAUGUUGCGGAAGUUUACUAAUGGAGUAGAAUUGCUAAGGCCAGGGCAAACUAGAUUUGCUACUGCUUUUAUUACACUGGGAAGGAUUCAUCUUCAGAAAGCCAACAUUAGAAAAAUGUUUACUUCAGAAAGUUGGACAACUAGUAAAUGAGCUAAAGAGGUGAAAGGCAAAAAGUGUGAAAGGACGGUUUUGAGUCCUGCCUUCUGGAAUCAUGUUGUUUAUGCUCUUAAGGUUUCCGGUCCUCUUGUUCGUGUGCUUCGACUUGUUGAUAAUGAAAAAAAACCAGCUAUGGGAUAUAUUUAUGAAGCCAUGGAUAGGGCUAAAGAAGCCAUUGCCAACUCACUCAAUGGCAAUGAAGAGAAAUACAAGAGCAUUUUUGAGAUUAUUGAUGCAAGAUGGUCACUUCAAUUGCAUCGUCCUUUGUAUGCUGCUGGAUACUUUUUGAAUCCUAAAUUUUUUUUAUCCAAAUAAGAUGAUAAUUGAAUCUGAUGAAGAGGUCAAUACAGGAUUGCUUUCGUGCAUUCAUAAAAUGGAAAAAAAUUCAGCAAAAGUUGACAUGAUUCUUGAUGAAAUUGAGAGAUACAAGACAGCUGCAGGAACCUUUGGUUUCAUUUCAAGAACGCUUGGACAAUUUGGUAUAUGUGAAGUACAAUAGAGCGUUGCUACGCCGACACACUUUUGGGGAUAUCACAACACCUGUUGAUUUGGCAAAUAUUGAUGAAAGUAAUGAGUGGUUGCUUGGUGAAUUAGAAAAAGGCGAUGGGGAUGAUGAUGAUGAUGAUUCUCUUGUUUUCAUGAAUGACGUGUUGACCUGGGGUGAUGUUGGUAGAGCAGCUGGAGUUUCUGAAUCUCGUUAUGAAUCGAGAUCGGCUGCAAGAUCAACACCAGUUGAAACUCCAUCAUUUCGAAGGCCUCGUGCAAUGAGAGGUGCAUCCUCUUCGCAAGUUGAUGAUGAUGAAGAGGAGGAAGAAUUUGUGAUGGCCGUUGUUGAAAAUGAAGAUGAUUUUGGAAAUCUUGAUGAUGAGUAGUUUUAGUUAUAAGUUUUUUAUGUACUUCUUGCAUUUUGUUUAUUAUGACUUACAACUUAUUUUUAUGUAUUGAAGUCUGAACUUCUAUAAUUUACAUUUUCUAUUAUGUGACUUA